AUGGGCUCUCUACCAGUACGCUUCCCAGCAUCCGAGGAAAGAAUCUUUAUGCUGGAUCUGGCUCAUGGCUCGAAAGAGACGUUGGUUGAUGAUAGCGACUGGGCAAGUUCCUAUGAUUCCACGACCAUUAACGAGUCCGACGACGAUGAGUUUUUCACGGGCAAAGACGUCCAGGUUUCGUUUCACAAAGAGACGGUCAUGAAGAAGGAUGGUCGUAUGAAGAGUCUCUUGACCAUGGCACUGGCAGGUAAGAAUAAUGUCCCUACAGGUGAGAAUGAGGCUGCCCCCUUGAUAAAGACGCCUGCGAAGAAAAUCGUCUCAAAGCCAAGGAAAGUCCGUUUCAGCGAGGAUCUACCAAGGCCUGACAAUGGCCCCGAGGGCGGCAAAAAAGCUGUUCCAUCUCCCAAUGAAAUUGCCUCGAGGCCGAGGAAUUUCCAAUCCAGCAGAGAGUCUGCAAAGCCCGACGAUUCCAAGAAAUGCUAUGAGCAUUCCAAUCUUCAGCCGCUCGGGUUUGUGGAUGACAAGACAUGUAUCUACGAGAAGACGCCACGCUGUUUGGGUCUCAGCAAGGUGCAUCAUAGCAGAUGUCUUUGCGACAAGAGGUUCGUGGCCCCGUGUGCCACCAGGUUGCGUGAAAACAAGAGUUGGUAUGAUUUGAUUGAACAGUUCGGAGGGACGACUUUCUGA